AUGAAGUAUAUUACUCCUGCCUUCUUGACAAUAAUCACGGCCACCAUUGGACAGCAUCUCCUGCCGGCCAUUCAAUCGGUCCUAUUUUGCAGCAAUGUAGCGUUUCUUUUCUUGUUCGCCUUUCGCUACUUACGACUGAUUGUCCACAUCAUAUCCUACUGGGUUCUGUAUCGCCCAACGCCAAAUCCACAAAAGCCACGCUUUCGUCCUCGCAAUGUGACCGUUAUUGUGCCCACAGUUGACCCCGAGAACGAGAACUUUGUGGAGUGUAUCUCGUCAAUCAUUUCCAACCAUCCAAAGAAACUCAUCAUCGUCGUCCCAAGCAAGGAAAUGGUCAAGUUGACCGAAAAAAUCUUAGCUUCGUCACAACUCCGUUGCAAAAAGGUCCCCAUAUCAGUAUUGCGAGCUGUCCAAGCUAACAAACGUGUACAGGUCGCCUGUGCAAUUCCUCAAGUUGGCACUGCUAUCACCAUUAUUGCUGAUGACCAUGUGUUUUGGCGUAGUCCGAAAUUUCUCUCCACGAUUCUGGCGCCCUUCGAGGAUCCAAAAGUAGGUGCUGUCGGGACGAACAAACGUGCCCGUCGUACGGAGAAGGGCUUUACUGCUGCGGCGUUUUGGAAUAUGCUUGGUGCUGCUUAUCUCGAACGUCAGAACUUUGAUGUUAGGGCUACGAAUGCGCUUGAUGGUGGGGUCUUUGUCAAUUCGGGACGUACUUCUGCACAUCGUACCUCGAUCUUGCAGUCCCCUGAGUUCUUAAAGGGAUACUUGAAUGAGCGAUUCUUCUUCAGUCUGUUUGGACCUCUUAAUUGUGAUGAUGACAACUACAUCACUCGAUACGAAGUACGGCAUGGCUGGGAUAUCAAGAUCCAACACUGUGCAGAUGGACUGAUGGAGACAUCGUUGGGCACGUACCCGAAGUUUUUUUCUCAGUGUCUUCGCUGGAGCCGGACUACCUGGCGAAGCAAUUCAGCCAGCCUAUUUACAGACCGUACCGUCUGGUACCGACAGCCUUGGUGUGUAUAUGCCGUUUAUCUCACCAGCUUUGUCAAUUUUGCCUUCUUCUAUGACUUUGCGCUAGUCUACUGUUUUCUUCACACUACAUGGGCGAGCACGUCUGCAACGGUAUGUCUGCUGGUCUGGAUCUUUGCUUCCAAAUUGGUGAAAUUGAUCCCCCACUUUUGCAACCAUCCAAAGGAUUUGAUAUUCCUUCCAGGUUAUUAUGUGUUUGGCUACUUCCACAGCGUGAUCAAGUUGUACGCCCUGUUCACGUUCUGGGAUGUCACAUGGAGCGGUCGACAACUUGAUUGUAUUGAUACAGACAAGGAGAAGUGA